AUGCUAUUCACUUUUCGACGUCGCGAAGUGCCAUGGGAGGUCGUCGAUAGCAAGUCGGUCCAUCCUGUUCCCAUGUACUAUGAGGAUGAAGACAUUGACAUUGUCACUGUCGCGGAGGCGGACACGUGCGGGACGUAUGUCUUUGACGUGAAGAACUGGAAACGAGGCAAUGAGCUUCGGAAUGCUGUCUUGUUCGCUCAGAAGCAGCUCCUGAAGAACGUAUCGAAUAAUGGGUAUAAUGUGCUGCUGCUGGAAAGCUGGCAAUUAACUGUACUGCGGAGAGGCAAACAUCAUCGAGUGGAAGUACGAUAUAAUGGCAGACCUGCCAGAGCUGUCGGCAAGCAGCCAUCAAGGCGCCCACCACCGUUUAUCGGUGUUUUAGGUGGCGACCCUCAAACUGCAUAA